AUGGAUGUGGUUGUCGCUGGAAGCAAAGCUCUCGUCGCGAGGGCUGUAAGUGGCCAUCGGCUGGGGCUGAUGCUUGGCUGGUUACCAGGGUUAACAGCGGACGAUGACGAUGAUGAUGCACCAGCCGCCAGCACCCACUUUUGCAGCCAUUGGUCUCCUUGGCCUUUCAUUGUAAUCUGCGCUCAGGAGCAUCAUGAGCACCGACCAGCCAAUCCCCUGAAUGCAUGGGAUAAAUAUAUUUGCUUAGCAUCAUCGCUGCUCGAGUCUGUGCAUGCAAUAGCCGCUGUAUACUACUUUGAUGUACCUGAGUCAAAUGCAAGCCAGAAGCCAACUUUGCCCACCUUGAAAUCGGUUCUUCAAAGUGCCCGUUUGAGGAGUCUCCAGUCUCUCUCACUAGCCAGGCCAGGCCGAUUCAGUCCACCUCUUUCUACCACCGCUACCACCGCUACCUUUUGA